GUCGCAGGGCUGACGCGGCGGCGCCGGCGCAGCGCGCUCCGGCCCGGCGUGCGGCGGCGGGGGGGGGGUGGGGGGCGGAGCGCGGCCCUGGCGGCGGCCGGGAUGAGCCGGGCGGCGCCGGCGGGCGGAGCUGUUUUUCAAGAUCAUAAUGCAGCAGAAAAAUGAAAAACCAUAGAAGACAUUUGCUUUGGAAAAGGAGUCAGUUGCUGGCCCAGUCUAGAAGAUGGACCACUGGAUUUGGGAAGCUUGGGAAAUACUGCUUCCAAAAGCAAUUUUUCCUAGCUAAGAAGAAAAGACAGAGUGCUCAGCUAGUCGUGAGCUUAAAUCACAACAAACUGUACAGAAGGCUGUGGUGCGGAAGGCAGGCACUUGAGCUCCGAAGCAAGUGGGCUCCUGAUGUGCCUCUAAAUGCAGAAACCGAUCAAAAACCUACUGUUGAACUAUACAGCUUUCCUUACAAAACUAUUGAGAGCAAAAAGAUCCCGUCCCUAUCAUGAAGCCCAAAGCCCAUCUGAAGAAGCAGUAAGAAAACUCAACAAUGAAUCCUUUCAGAGUGAAGAUCGCUUGAAUGAAGAAUUUGAAACUGUCGCUAUUUUUAAUAGCAUCUCUGGCAAUAUCCAUUAUGUCUCAUGUGGUACGCUGGAUGGUGCUGCCUUACCUGUAAAGAAAGCUGGUUUUGUAUAUAGCAGGGAGGAGAGCAAUAAUGGUGAGGGCAACACAGUCCUAAUAGUUUUAAACAACUAUAAAAGGAAAUGCUGUUGCAAAGGGAGUGGAAUGGAACUUGUGGCCCCUUGACAGCUAUAAAGAGGUCCAAAUUUAACCAUCAUACUGUAAAAAAGAGAUCUUUCUUUAUGAUGCAUAAGAAACUUUCUAUGGUUAGGUUUUGGUAUAGAAUUAUAAAAUCCCCAGAACUUCGAGCAAGAAGCAAAACCUGCAAAUUGAGAAAAAUCAAACCAAGGUGGGUGGAGAAAGUUACAAGGGACCAUCAAGAGACGCUCCAGCGGGAUUUUGAAAGUGGAUUGUGUAAUUGGCUUUCCUACUGGAAAUCUAAAAGUAACCGUCUUUGGAACUGGUACAGCUUAUCAGAUAUGAACAAUAAUACAACCAAAUCUUUAGGUGAGGAGAAUGAAAUAUGUGCACCUGAGAUCUGCGGUACGCAGGAUGUGUUACCGCGUGCUGAGCUGUGUUCUGAGGGGCCAGAAUCCGGAGGGCAGGAUGGCAGUGUGGAUGCUGUCCUGCCAGAACUGCAUGCUAGAGCUUCUCCGGAGGCAGAGACCUUGCACCAGCUGGAGACCAAUGGGGCUCUGGCAGAGGAUCAUUGCUCUGAUAUUUUCAUCUCCAUGGCAGGAAAAGAAAUUGCUGGUUCAGGUCAAGAUGACGCAGAAUCUAAUGAGGUUAUGGGUGUAGAUGGAAUGAUGCUGUUGCAAUCCUCUUUGCAGGAUUCUGAUGUCAAUGAUAAUUUUGCAAAUGGACCUUUAUCCAUGGAGCUGGCACAAAAUGAGGACAGCUCUAGCCAGAUGGAAGUAGAGGGCUCCUUAAACCUGGACAUUUUUAGUGCAAAGUUGCUAGAUCACCCUUACUGUAAAAGUCCUCUUGAGGAGCCUUCACCAGAAAGCACAGGACUAAAAUCAGGAACUCGGAAAGGAGGCAAAAGGAACAGUCAGAAAUCUUCCCGGGUGGCUGAUGAGCAGUUGGCAACGUGGCUUUGUGGAUUCCUAGAUGAAGUUAUGAAGAAAUAUGGCAGUUUAGUACCACUCUGUGAAAAAGAUGUCAUGGGAAGAUUAAAAGAAGUCUUUAAUGAAGAUUUCUCCCAUAGAAAACCUUUUAUCACCAGGGAAAUCAUGAAGUAUCGGGAAAAACAUCCAAAAACCUCCACUUGCAAUUUCCGGGUCUUCUAUAAUAAGCACAUGCUAGAUAUGGAUGAUUUAGCUACACUGGAAGGCCAGAACUGGCUGAAUGACCAGAUAAUUAACAUGUAUGGUGAACUCGUAAUGGAUGCAGUCCCUGAAAAGGUUCAUUUCUUUAACAGCUUUUUUCAUAGACAGCUCGUAACCAAAGGAUAUAAUGGGGUAAAACGAUGGACUAAAAAGGUGGACUUGUUCAAAAAGACUCUCUUGUUAAUUCCUAUUCACCUGGAAGUCCACUGGUCCCUCAUUACUGUGAACAUCCCCAGUCGAAUUAUUUCAUUUUAUGAUUCCCAAGGCAUUCAUUUUAAGUUUUGUGUAGAGAACAUUCGAAAGUAUUUGCUGACUGAAGCAAAAGAGAAGAAUCGCCCCGAGUUUCUUCAGGGUUGGCAGACUGCUGUGACAAAGUGCAUUCCACAACAGAAAAAUGACAGUGACUGUGGGGUUUUUGUGCUCCAGUACUGCAAGUGCCUCGCCUUAGACCAGCCUUUUCAGUUCUCCCAGGAAGAUAUGCCCCGAGUGAGAAAAAGGAUUUACAAGGAGCUGUGUGAACGCCAGCUAAUAGACUAAUAAAAUGCAGCCAACCUAAUUUCUCUGGCAUUUCUGACAAGUUGCAGCUGGUGUUUGUGUACUUGAAUUUCUGAAAACUUCCGUGAAUUUUGAGCGCUUCUCAGCUGAGUGGUGUGGCCACUGUUGUUACCUCAAUUUUUUGACAAGCUCUUUAACUGGCAGAACAUAACAGACCUGCCAUAAAAUAUUCCUUAUGUCAGUUUGGUUCUCUUAUGUUCUUUCCUGUAUUUAAUAUUUAUUAUCUCAGCAUGCAUAUAGGCAAAGCAUGCAACUAAAACUAUAAAACUGUAGAUUUGGUGCACCUUUGAGAUGUAGCUAGAAAUGACAAAUACAGGUGACUUUGUCUGGAAACAUAAAGAUGCAUGAUAUGUUUUCUGAUGCAAUAAUGCUUUGAAUGUAUCAAAAAGAAAAUAAUCAAUGCCAUAAAAAGAACAGCUAGAACCUAUUUGGUAGUUCCAUUGUCCCUGUUGUGGCUGUAUAAUACUGAAUUACCACUUUUUAGGGUGGCUAAACUCAUCUAGAGAUUUAAUUUGUGGAGACCCCUUUUUUAAAUAUUUCAAGUUGCUAAUAAAGUUUGUUCUGUUAACAUUUAUCCAUUAUCAGCCUGUCCCUAUAGAUAAAAAGCAGCCUUUGCACAAAUAAAGCUUCAGCACUUGUCUGUAUAAUAAAAAGUACAAAGGUGUUCAGUCAGAUUGAUGGUAUGUUCCUAUAUGCUGCAGAAGUCUCCAUGAUGUGUGUAUUAAGGAGAAUUAUAAAGCUGGCCCUGAAGAGUCACAGCUUAGAUACUAAGAUAAACUCCUUGGCUGUAACUGUUUAAAUCUCAGAUGGCUUUGGCUCAUUUUUCAGUUCCACAGUAUGCAGUGAAAUGUACCAUUUCGGCAUCUCUCCCUUCAGCUCUGUCUUCAAAUGAACUCCCGUCAAGCUUGUCAUGUUUAACCUCCCAUUGGCUUUUGCCUUUGUUCAAAUAUAAAUUAAUUCAUUUCUGCUGCA